AUGCCCCGACGAACGCACGCCCAAACAGAAGGAGCCCCACAUGAACAGGGCCAUACAGUCAAACACAAGGACGACGCCGCGAAUGGCGCCACAGUCGAGAAACAAAAGCUCACACAGAAACGCAAAGAGCUCAAACAACACGCCAAAUCAACACAAGACAACGUCAAGGACAACGACCCCGGCCCUGCAAUGGCCACCAACCCAAAACGCCGCCGAAAACCCGCACCGAAACCGCCAGCCCCGCCCCACCCAGCCCCAGCGACAACACCCCCAGCCGACCCCGCCCCCCCACACGCACCAACAACCAACACGCAACCUACAACAACCCAACCCACUCCCACAGCCAACGCAGCCACCCAAGCAGCACACCCACCCGAACGCGUCGCACACGAACAACCCAGCCCAACGAAACCUCAAGACCAGGACACCCCACGCCCCGAACAACAAGCACGCCACCGACUAGCUACACCCACACGCGAGCAGGCACAACGUGGAGAAAGAGCCGGAGGGCACAGCAACCCGCCCGCAACAACCCCCACAGGGACCGCCAGCACUGCACGAACACCAGCCCCCAAACACAACCACCGCCGCCAACGCAACAACCCAACACAACCCCCCAACGCAGUCGCGCCGCGCCCACGCCCCGCCAAGACAUCCGCCACCACAACCAAGCACAACCACGCACACCCAGAAGGAAGCCGAAACCCACCACGGCCCCGACGACAAGACAACAGAAACGCUCCCACAUUGACAUGA